AUGUCUGUUGUGGAUAAUCGAACAGAAAAUGUGUUCACGGCGACACUGAGAGAAGCUGAAGUGAGUGACUCCGGCACGUACUGGUGUUCUGUUACCUUACCUGGAUACGAUGCUGGCACACAUCUUUACCUGCAGGUUACAGAAGCUGAAGCAGGGCUCCGUGUCUCCAGUCAGACUGUGUCAGGUUAUGAGGGUGGUAACGUCACCAUCCGCUGUCGCGGCGCUUCACACUGGUGUAGGAUCAGGGGAUCUUGUGUUGGGAGAGAUGGAGGAUCUCUAGAGAGAACUGCAGUGCUGUGUGAUGAUGGUGAUGCUCUGAGAGUGACGCUGUGGCAGCUGCAGACAGAGGACAGUGGAUGGUACUACUGCUCUGAUGGGGAUUCACAGAUGCCUGUUCAUGUUACUGUGAUGAAGGCCCUAGAUAUUACACAGUUUACAACUAACCCCUCUGAGAGCACGCCACCACUCAGUGCAGACAGGCGGUUGCUGUGGCUGCUCAUUCUGGGAGUGAUGCUGCCCAUUACAGUCUGCGGAGCUGUGAUGCUGAUCAAAGCAAGGAACAAGAGAAAACAAAGAGCUGAAAGCUCAAAUCUUCAUAAUCACAUGAACAAACAGCAACUGCUCAAAGAAACUGGGAAAAACAGUGAGGUUACAUGUGAAAAUCUCUAUGAAUUCAUGACUGCAAAUAAAGCAGACACUCAGGGAAAUGGAAAAAACAAUGAGGUUGCAUGUGAAGAUCUCUAUGAAAGCAUGACUGGAAAUAAACAAAACACUCAGGGAAAUGGGAAAUACGAUGAGGUUGCAUGUGAAGAUCUCUAUGAAAUUAUGAACGGAAUUAAGCAAAAAACUCAGUUGACUGCAACAGAUAAUAAAAACAUAUAUGCAUCUAUGGUCAGAAAAGUGAAAAAAUGA